AGUGAUGAAGCAUACGAAGAGAGUAAUGGGCACCCAGAUCUAGUAAAUACUGCUGUUCCGAAGACCAGUAAGGCGAGCAUAGGAAAGAGAAACCUUAGAGGCAAAGCGGUCAUCAAAACUCAAACUAAAACGAAGAAGAAACCAAAGCGAGCAGGAAAAGCAAGAAAGAAGCGUCUAACGCCAUUAGAUGUGUCAAAUUUAAUUUUGAGCAAGAACAUCAAGACAGAAACGGAACUUCACGCACUUGCACAAGAACAGCGGGAACAGGGAAAGACAGAUGUUGUUGAGUUUAUUUUAAAUAGGUCACCUAAAACUCUAGCAGACAUACUUAGCACGACAUGGCAGAUGAAAGGGGCGCGAGAAAAGAUUGCACGAUCUAAGAAGAGUCGCAUGGAUCUCCUUCAAGAAGCUUCAAACUCAGAUUGUGUUUCUGGAUGCAAUGGUGAUUGGCUGCAGUGUGCGAAAGAGGUUUUGCAGAACAAUGGCAUAAAUAUAUCUUGUUUUGCUAAUUCAGUACGAGAAAGCCUAACUAAUGGUCGCAAAAAACAUCAUAAUGUAAUGAUCGUUGGCCCAGCUAAUUGCGGAAAGACCUUUCUCCUUAAGCCACUAAAG